UAAUAGAACAUCUGUAGUAAAAAAUAUUGUAGCUGCAAAAAAUAUUGAUUUUAAAUUAAAACGGACAAAACACUACACAUGGCAUGCGUCACGUUUAAAAUUUCGUGGGAAAAUCAUGUUUGUGACGUCAUUAACUUGAUACUUCAAUUAUGUGACGUUAAAAAUGGCUAUAAGAGAAUUGAAAAUAUUCAUGGCCGACUCGAUUGGAUUGGACAGAAAAAGGAUCAAAAGUAAAAACUGAUUGGUUCUGUUUAAAGGCGCCUUAAUUUUCAAUUUUUAUUUGGAAGAUCUAAAAUAAUUGUUUAAAAAAAAUUAAAAUGUCCACUUCUCUGUUUUUCGUAAAUGCAGAUUCCAAUGAAGACAAAUCGGAUUGCCAAUGUGUGGACGAUCAGUCUCAAACUCAAAGCGAAGCCCAGCAAGCACUAAAUCAUUUUUGGCCUAAAGUUAUGGAAGAAAUAAAAGCCAUUAGAAAUAUGGAUCUGAAACAACAAGUACUGCCUUUAGCAAGAAUUAAGAAAAUAAUGAAAUUAGAUGAGGAUGUCAAAAUGAUAAGCGCUGAGGCUCCAUUGUUAUUCGCUAAAGCUGCAGAAAUUUUUAUUCAUGAAUUAACAUUGAGAGCUUGGAUACAUACAGAAGAUAAUAAACGAAGGACUCUCCAGAGGAAUGAUAUAGCAAUGGCCAUCACAAAGUACGAUCAAUUUGAUUUUUUAAUUGACAUUGUGCCUAGAGAUGACAUAAAACCCAAUAAAGUUAGAGAGGAGACCAGAGUUGGUACAAAUCCAGACCAGGUACAUUAUUAUUUCCAACUUGCACAACAACAUCAUGCCAAUUUACAACAAAAUAAUUCUUCACCUACUUCGAGUUCAACUGGAAACCAAAAUCAAGGGACGAUACAGAUAGUACAACCACAAGUUCAAACUGUCCAAGUUAACACUAUUGAACAGCCAACCCAAAAUUCAUCAUCCCCACCAAAUACAACUCAAACUCCUGUAAUUUUACAGCAAGGUCAAGCGAUACCUCAGAAUCAAGGAAAUGUGCAAAUAAUACAGCAAAUCGUUACACCCACAGGAGAAAUUCAACAGAUACCAAUACAAUUAACCCCUCAACAACUUCAGAUGAUAAAAAUGCAGUUGCAGGGCAAUUCAUCACAACCUGUCAUCAUUCAAACUGCUCCUAUUGCAGCUGGAAGUCAAUCUCAGUUAAUUCAGGUAGCUCAACAAAACGCUGGUGGUCAACAGGUGUUCUUAGCACAGGGUAGCAGCAGUUCAGAAAAUGAAUAAUAAAAUAUUUGUAGUUAGUUUUAAGGUAUUUUAUAAAAAAAGAACAUGUAUAUAUAAUCAAGACUUUUAUUAAGAAACUCAACACUUAAAAUUGGUAUAAUACAGUACAAUAUUUUUACAUUUUCAAAUAUAGUACAAAAUAUAAAUAGUUGUGGGCAUAUAUUUGAAUAUUGUUCCCUUUAUUUUUCAGCUCUCCUUUAGGCAAUUACAAAUUUAGGCUUAAGGUACUUAUUUUUUUAUCGCAGAACUCAUCACUUGAAGAAAAACAACAGGAACAUUUUUAUAAAAUUAUUUUGAUUUAUUACUUUAUUAAUACUGCGCAAAAAGAAACUUCUUAAAAAAGAGAGUAUGUACAAAAAUAAUACAUCAUUUAUAAAAAUUAUGCAUUAAUUUUUUUGUCAUCUAGAUAAUCACGAUAGUUUAAAGAAUUAAAAAAGUCAUGAAUUUUGUGCUUUUAUAUUAAUUUGGAGUUAAAGAAUUGAAAAUUGAUAGAUUUUUGUUACAUUAAAAUAAAAAUAUUAAAUUAAUUGGUAGUUAAAAGGACACUUUAGCGUGACUAACUUGAUAUAAAAAAAGAACGUCAAAGUUUCUACAAAAUAAAUUAAACAUAGAAACACCCGAGAACAUAUUGAAUUAAGUACAGAAGAAAGGUUUUCUAAAAUCUAAUUCUAUAAAGCCUCUGCUUAUGUAUAAAAACUAUUUUUUUUAUUUUAGUCUAUCAAUAUCAACUUUAUCAAAACAUUUAAAAUAUACUUAUAAGACCAUAUGAUAGAAGUUGUAAACGUCUUUUUUUAUAUUAGAAAUACUUACCGAUUAUUAGGAGAAUAUUGUACCAUAUGAAGAUAUAGGAUGCAUUAAAGAACUUUUUAAAUAUAACUUUUAAGUUUCCAAAAACAGAAAACGUUUGAUAUGAAACUUAAUUGGUUUAUUUCAUAUAGUACAAUUAAAUAUUGAACAAUCCAGUGAUUCGCUCCUCUGGAAAGAUGGUGAUGAAAAUAAGAUUUUUAUUUUGACUGGGAAGUUAUUAAUUUAAAAUCAAGUAUAUAAUUCUUAUAUAACCAACGUUAGUGACCAUUGUCUACAAAACAGGCAAAAUAAAACAUUCUACAAACCUAUAGAUAGACCUCUCUUAACAAUAAAAUUUUAAGCAUCAACAACAAACUAUUAUUUUCUUUUUAUACUUUUAUCUAUUAAGGCAAUUUUUUACACUGAGAGUGGAGUUGGCACUUGGCAGUCUUGAUUCAGCGUGCCAAUUUACUACUAAAUUAUCAAAUGAACUACUAUUUGACAUUAUUCCCUUUUCAGUAAGGUAUCCGACAUUCUUGGUGAAAAUAAAUAUAAAGACAAAACUUAUAUCAUAUAGAUACCAUAUACAUAGGUAGUGUCCGGAAAAUAAUGCAUAGAUUGAUUAUAACAAAAAAGUUUUUAGAGUUAUUUUUUUUUAAACGUGACAGUACAGCCCAGCAGAAACAAUAUUCUGUAAUUUUAGGGUUAACAUAUAAAUUAAUCCAGAACAUGAAACUGUAGGGCGUAAGCUUUUAUGUCGACCCCAGGAUAAGUGCUAUCUUAAGUCCAAUGUAUGAGAAUUUGAUUCAAAUUGAAACUGAAGAUACAUUAAUUGCGAUACCAAUUUUUGAAGAGAUUCCCGAAGUUGUGCAAUAAUUUAAUUGAACUUUUACAUUUUCAUUGUCUAUGUCACAGAGCAACUAUAAAUCAAGAGUUAAAUCUCCUAAUGGAGGGGGUAGACACACGAUAUACCCAUGUACAUUUUAUUUGCACACCCUUGGAUGUUAUGUUAAUUGCGAUUGAUUGUUACAGGUGUUUAAAUAUAAUAUUGCAGUGGUGGCGACUUUUUCCUUUUGUUUG